AUGGAUGAUGAUGCCUCAGACGAUGCAUUUGCUGAGCUCAAGACAAGAGAACUCCGAAGUUGGGAUGUUGCUCAGAUUGCUGCUGGGACUGGUCUCGCUGUUUACGCCGUAUGGGUAGGACUCCUCCAGCCAGGUUUCCGAAAAGUGCCACUGAGGUUACAGGUACCGUACAUACCAGCCAGUGCAGUCCAAGUGCGCAAUGUCAUGACAUUGCUAAGAGGUCGAAAGGGCAUCCUUGUGGAUUUAGGAUCUGGUGAUGGUCGCAUUGUCUUGGAGGCGUACCGACAAGGGUUUACUUCUGCUGUAGGCUACGAGCUCAACCCCUGGCUGGUUUGCUUGGCCCGCUUUCAUGCAUGGAGAGCAGGUCAUCAUUGCAAUGUAUCCUACCGAAGAGAAGAUUUAUGGAAGGUAGAUUUGACAGAAUGCAAGAAUAUUACUGUGUUUUUAGCUCCUAGUGUGCUUUCGCUCCUGCAGAAGAAAAUGGAGGCCGAGCUUCCUGAUGAUGCCUUGGUGGUAGCUGGCCGUUUCCCCAUUCCUGAUUGGACUCCAUGCAGAAUUGAGGGACAUGGUGUGGACAGAGCAUGGGCAUACAACAUGCAAGCACAAAGACAGCUCACUUCAAAUUUGAAUAAGAAGUCCACAGUUGGGAACCCUGACGACACAGAUUUUAAAAAUGACUCUCCUUGA